CGAUUCUACCCGCGCCCCUCCGUUGUACGCUAAGUCAUUCGAAUUUAAAUUCGAUUUUUGUUGCUCCAAAGGGAGAAGAGGAUAUUAAAAGGCAGUGGUGAGGGCAACUGACAUCCAUCCAAACAGAAAAUGAGGAAAAUAAUUUUUUUAUCGACUGCGAAAGCUCAUCUGCCCCUUAGUGCGGAAACCCGGAAGCGAUUGUUUAGGCUUUUCACGCGGAAGGGUGCAGAGCGUUAAUUCCCAUUCCAAAGAACAAUUCUGGAAAAGCUGACUUGAUUUGUAAACUGAUCUGUAUUUCCUGUCUGGCAUGAAUGGAAAUAGUCUCCGUAGAUGUUCCUUUUAUCAGAUAAUUGGUGUCCAAGUCAAAAUCUGAUUUCAUGAUAUAGUAGAUAAAUGAAGCUCUGGGACAGAAUGUGGCUUCUUUGCUUCUUUGCAUCUGCUGCUGUUCUGCAUUUGAAAGAAACUUAAAAAAAGGAAGAAGCUUGAAAAACAAAUGUUAACUUACAUUUUAGUCUGACAACAUUCUGAUAAAACACAAGAUGAAUUCUGAAUUAAAAAAACAGUUGAACAUCAUUGUUUUAGGAAUAGCAUUCAUGUUUAUGUUCACUGCUUUCCAAACAUGUGGAAAUAUAGCGCAAACUGUUAUUACAAAUUUAAAUCAUACUGAUUUUCAUGGAAGUGGCUAUACAAGUAUGGCUGUUAUUUAUGGAGUGUUUUCAGCAUCAAAUAUAAUUUCACCUUCAGUGGUUGCAGUCAUAGGACCACAACUUUCCAUGUUUAUUAGUGGUAUCUUCUAUAGCCUAUAUAUUGCCAUUUUUAUCCAGCCUAUUACUUGGAGUUUCUACACAGCCUCAGUUUUCCUUGGAAUAGCAGCUGCUGUAUUGUGGACUGCUCAAGGAAAUUGUCUAACAAUAAAUUCAAAUGAAAACACAAUUGGCAGGAACAGUGGAAUUUUCUGGGCAUUAUUGCAAUCCAGCUUGUUUUUUGGAAAUCUCUACAUAUAUUUUGCCUGGCAAGGGAAAACUUACAUAUCAGAAAGUGACCGUAGGACUGUCUUCAUCUCUCUGACGGUGAUCAGUCUAGUGGGCACCGUUUUGUUUUUUCUCAUUAAAACUCCAGAAGAAACAAAUUCAGAGGAAGAGGAAACCACUUCUGAAAACGUUGCAGAUAGCAUGUCUAGCCAAAGCAAAACAUCAAGGGCCAUGGAUGCAAUAAAAAGAUCAUUCAAAUUGUGUGCUACAAAACGGAUUUUGCUCCUUAGUGUCCCAACAGCCUAUACAGGGCUGGAAUUAACAUUCUUCUCUGGAGUAUAUGGAACUUGUAUAGGCGCUAUUAAGAAAUUUGGUGCUGAAGAAAAAAGUCUUAUUGGACUGUCUGGUAUUUUCAUUGGCAUUGGAGAAAUAUUAGGUGGAGGAAUCUUUGGCCUCCUAAGUAAGAACAACAGAUUUGGCAGGAACCCAGUGGUGAUGUUAGGCAUUGUGAUCCAUUUCAUAGCUUUCUAUUUGAUUUUUUGUAAUAUACCAAAUGAUGCACCCAUUGCGUCCAUGGAAGGAACAGAUAGCAUUGCAUUCAUGGAACCAAGCAAAGAAGUAGCCAUUUUUUGCAGUUUCUUACUGGGCUUUGGAGAUAGCUGUUUCAACACUCAACUCCUUAGUAUUUUGGGAUUCUUGUAUUCUGAAGACAGUGCACCUGCCUUUGCUAUAUUUAAAUUCGUUCAGUCUGUCUGUGCAGCUGUUGCUUUCUUCUACAGCAACUAUUUGUUUCUUCAGUGGCAACUUUUAAUAAUGGCAGUUGUUGGAUUUUUUGGAACAAUUACGUUUUUCACAGUGGAAUGGGAAGCAGCAGCCAGAAGUACAGGUUAUCACAACAUUUGAUAAAUGCAGUGUAAUCAUCCUGAAGCAAUAGUCAUCUUUCCAAACCACAAAUUGAUUGGAAAGACUAUGGAAUACAGAUAUAUUUAACACCACAGUUCUAAAAGGUUUUAUUCCCUCAUCAAUCAAUAGUGAUGAAGAUCACAGACUACAAUGUGGAGAAAGAACCCUGUAGAGGGGACAGAAAGGCACUCUCUUUUUAAAUCAGAUCUACUUGAGUUUAAGAAUAGUCAUUAUGGAAAUUCUAUUAUUGCUGUUCUUUUAAUACACACGUGGUUAUUUGAACCGUAUUCAAAAUCAUUGAGACUUGAAACUAGGUAUAGGAUUGCAAUCUUACUGUAUUUACUUUUUUCUACAAAAUUCAUCAUUGUGCAUUUCUAGUAAGAACAUAAGGAAAAGGGAAAGUGAAUUUCUAAUUGAAAUAAACACAUUGUAUUUUACAUGUUCUGAUAAACAGUUCUGCAUAGAUUACAGUUUGGUGGGAAUUGAAACCUGGAACAUUUUGAUUAUUCUGGGUUUGUACUGAAACAAUUCUGGAAAGGUCUUACAAUCUCAAACACUUUGCCCAGGUAUAUUUUUCUCUUUCUCUACAAAGGCUGUAAAUUAGCCUGCCUGCUGAUUUUCUUAGGGUAUUUCUUUUCCUACUUCCCCUUAGUAGCCACUGAUUUCUUUCUAUCCUAGUUUUUCAUAGGAUCUCCCUUUGAUUAUCUCCCCUAAAUUGAUGCCACCGAUUUUCCUACCUCCCUGCCUUGCUGACGUCCUUAGCAUUUUCCUGUUAUCCGUAUCUGAAACAUUUCUGCUGGAACAUGCAUGUUCCAGGUCUGGAUGUGGGCCACCCAAAAGAGAACACUUAAUGUAUGGAAUGUUUUGUAUCUACCGUACUUACUUUGUAUUGAUUUGCUGAACAUCAUCAGAGGAGCCAAAUCAGUGGUUGGUUCUUACCAGUUCAUCUGAACGAGUAGUAGCUUAGUGGCAAGCUUUGCCACAGUCCCGCUGUUGUUCCGGCAAUGCCGUAGGCGCCGCCAUCUUGUUUUUGACUUCUGCGCAUGUGCAGAAGCAUUUUUAUUGCACUGUGCAUGCGCGUGUGCGCGCCACGGCCAUGAGUAAUCUCUGCCGGAACCCACCACUGAGCCAAAGUAUAGCACUAAAGUGCAAAAUAACAAUGCUUUACCUUUUGGUAGCUGAUGUUGCACUUAAUGUUGAUGUCUGUAAAGUCAUAUGUAGAGGUAAGGUUGGAUUUCUGGGGAGUGUUUUGUUGUUAUAUGCAUAUUUUAGAACUUUUUAAUGUAUUUCUGAACUCAAAAUGGUGGGAAAUUGUCAUUGGUCUUCAGAAGCCAUGAGAAGAAAAAACUAAGAGUCACGAAAAGAGUUCACUUGAAGGCCUAGGGCUGUUUAUUGCCCAUCCAGUACAGGGAUAAGUAUGAUUUAAUUAGAUUAUCAGUUUAUAGCUUCAAUUCAUUAUACACUAUAUUUUAGUGCCAUAAUUUCGCUGGAGAGACAAGCACUGAGAUGUUAUGAAUGUAUAUCUAUUCUACAAUAUCUACAAAUAUUUUGUCAGGUGCUAAACUGUGAAGCAUACCUAAAAUGUUUGAUUAGUUUAAUCAAAAUGAUUUUGCCUGUUUUAAUUCACAUGUGAAUCCAUGUAUAUUCAAACUGCAAUCAAUAUUCACCUGGGAGUGGGAGCAAACUUUAGUGAAUUCAGAGGAGCUGCUUAAGUCAAUUGCCUGUAGGAUUGACACUGUAAUCAGUUAAAACGUAUGGUCGAUUUAGACAUUCUUUGAUUAAAUAAUAGACAUAAAUUCAAUUCAGCUUUUUGUAUGGAGUGCACUUUGCUUCCAAAGAGUUGUACAAUCCCUGGGGUACUUUCACAAAUAAAGAAUAAAGAACAGACAAUGAUACAAUACAAUCCUCUCUCCCCCUCCCCCCAUUGCUUUAACUGAGGAAAAUUACAAUCUUAUGUAAUUAUAGAAUUAAUAAGCCAGGCUUUUGAAUUCUCAAUGCAGAACAUGUCUGAAGUCAGCUGUAAGGGAAUAUAAAAAUUGUGAUCAGUUCUAGAAAAAUGUGGACACAGAACUGUAUCUCAGUUUUGAAAAUAGCAUGUCUCAAAACCUUAUUAUUACUACUUUGUGUAUAAAAUAAUACUUUUGCUUACCAUUCUGUUGAAACAGUACUAUGCGGAGAAACAAUAUUGCAUAAAAACAAUGAAUAGUUUUUGUGUUCAGUAUAUACUUUCUUAUUUGUACAUCUAAAAAUCAUGGUAGCAUUGAUACUGAAUGUUAUUUAUUUAGUAGUCUAGCCAUAACAGCUAAUCACUUUUUAGAGACAUAUCUGUCAAUACUAAGAGCUAGGGGAAAGUUCUGCCAUUUAGCAAGGCAAUUUUUAUUAACAGAUUUCAAAGUGGUAGCUUUGAAUGCAGCAGAAAGUAUUACAGAAUUGAUUUUACUUCAUAAAACCAGGAACAUUAAAAUCUUUCCAAUUCUUGACUCCAUGUGAAGAUUGCGUAUGACAGGGUUAAUUGAUUUGUUCCUUAGAUCCAAACAAAUAAUUGCCAAAAACCCCCAAAAUUAAUUUAAGCCAAACCAUUUUUUUGUAAUCAUCUCUUUAAAUUUAUAAUCCAGCAUCAUGUUUGUGGCUUAGAGAGUGAAAGAUUGUCAGAAUAAAUUAUUCUCAUUAAAAAACAAAACAGUUUAUCUGUAUAUUGGCCUAGAAGUAGUUAUUUGUAUCCUUGAGACACAGUUUUGAUUCUGAAUG